CCAACCGUUUGUCUGUUACGAGACAAGCGACGGUCUGGUUAUCGUAUUUUCUCUCAGCAAAAUUUCUCAUGUGUCCUAUGGAGACUGUUAAUUUCGAGUCAUAUUUGUUGUCAUUCGCAGUGCCGGCAAAAGUAUUUCAACGCGUAUUGUUUGUCCAUUCGAUUUUUCCCCAAAUUUUCAUUCCGGUCAGUCUUAUUUGAAAAAUUACACAUCCAAACUUUGGCGGGCUCCUCACACACGCACCUACUUGUGGUGCAGUGGAAUGCGGAAAUAUUUUCUGUCAACAAACCAUUAGCAUCUUCUUGGAAACUCUCUACCACAAAACUGUGUGUAAACUCUCAACUUGUUCUAUUCAUCAUCUUGUGUAAUUGCUCUGGGAAAGAACCGUUACAACAGCGUUUCGAAAUUUAAAAGUGCUUCAUUCUGUUUGAAAACUGUUCCAUUCAUUCAUAUCUGGUUGCUGUGUGGAAGAACCGUUACUAUUUCAAGAGUCUAGUGUUGUGUUGCGUAACAAAAACAAGGAUUACAGUGUUGCUGUUGUAUCUUCUAAUGGAAACAAUGGGCUGGUCAUCUCUAGCUGAGUUCAUGAUGUUGCGUUUGCGAUGGAGAAUGUCGUUGCUACCGUUAAUGUUGCCCAGAGGUGGCUUGUGCAUUUGUUGAAAAUAAUUGCCAAUCAAUUUUUCUUCGCAUUCCAAAUUUUCUGGCAGUGAAAACUGCCAAUCAAAAAAAUCGAUAGUUUAUAAAACUGUUGGAACUAAAAAUAGUAUUUUUUGAACUGUGCCCAGAACGUAUUAUGUCCACAAUGAAGCUCUCAUUGCAAGAGAAGAAAGACUUGGAAAAGUUUAUGAAAUUUUUCACAUUGAAAUCAGCUCAGAUAAUCGUACAGUCAAGGCUGGGCGAAAAAGUCAACACAAAAUGCGAUCCUGACUCUUCUGGAACUGUUUGGUUCAACCUGGCGAUUAGAGACCUGCCCGAUGUGCUGGCCGAGGCUAAGAAGGCAAUGUGGAGCGGCAGCUGCCGCCUGCCCGUCUGCGUGGAGAUCUCGCUACGGACGGUGGAGGGCGACACGAUGAUCCUGGAGACGUGGUGCAUCGCGGUGACAGCCGACCACGACCCGUCCAUCCCCGUCAGCUAUGCCAUCUACAACCGCAUGGGCAUUCUGCUCAAGUCGCUGCUCUCCGUCACACGCAUCACUCCCGCCUACCGCAUCAGUCGGCGUCAGGGCCCCGACAGCUAUGUCAUCUGCUAUCGCAUAUAUUUAGGGGAGCCGCAGCAUCAUACGCUUGGUGAUGGGUACAAACAGGUGCGAGUGGGUCAGCUGAGCACGCCGAUAGGUGCACUGAGUCUGUCGGUGGCCUACCGCACCAAGCUCACCAUUUCGCCACAGCACUCGGGCAACAAGGACAAUUCCAUCAUGCUCAAGAGCGAUCACUUCAGGCCCGAGCGCGACUUCAGUCCAAAGCAUUUCAGAAAUGACGACAACAACACGACAUCGACGCUGAGCGACACAAUCAAGUUCGGUGCGUUCGCGGACAACACAUCCAUGUGCUGCCGAACGGUGCCAAGCGCGACCGACGACUCAGCCGCCCCCGACCUGAUCGUGCCCGAAGUGCCGUUCACCACCCUCUUGACACCGAAGACGGCUCCCUCGCCGCCUCCGCCACCCGUCACCGCCACCUCCACCGAGGAUAGCGACAACGGCAACACUACCACCGCCCCCACCACCGCACCACCACCCGCCGCCACCACCCUCUCGCACACCAACGACUCUGCCGAUUUCAUUAUGGUAGACUUGAAAACGCCAUUCGCCGGCUCGAACGCCAACACCGACCUGGGUGUGUUCUACAGGGAGUGCCAGAGUGCGCCGCCUCUGCAGGGAUUCCAGGAGGAGCCCACCGUAGCUGAGCAGGUCGGUGACCUCACCAAGCAGCUAGAGCUGUUCGAGACCAGCCUGCAGGAGUACGACAACGUCAUCACUUCGCUCUGCAAGAGCGACAACAACAAUUGAACCACCACAGAAACGAAAAUAUUCUGUUGCUGAAAUGUGUUAUCAUUGAUGAACGGGACUCUGAACUGUUCAAAAGUGAACAACAAUCUGCGCUAAAUUGUAAAAAUUCUAACAUCUUCUAACGGAGUGUCAUGUUGGGAAAUGAAUACAUUCUGUUUUGGUGUGUUGUAUCAUUGUUCAAUGGGACACUGUUCAAGGGUGACUACAAUAAUUGAACCACCGUCUGCUAGCUAAAUUGUCAAAAUUCGAACAUCUUUUUACGGAUUGUAAUGUUGGGAAUCGAUACACGAUGUGAAAAUUGUUGAUGUAACAAUGGUAUUAUAACAUUGAUCAGUUACUGACUAUAAGUUAUAACAAUGUUAAAUCACUGUACAAGGGUGACAACAGUGAUUGAACAUCAUUCCCCGCCGUCUUCUAGCUUAAUUAUCAAAAUUCAAACAUUUAAGUGAUUGGACAUUUUGACAUCGAUGGAUAAAUACAUUUGGAAAAUGUAUAAGUGGAACAUUGAUGAACUCAGAAAGAAUUAAUGAGUUGUCAUGUUGGAAAUCGAUGAUUGGAUCCGAUUAGUUGUGGGAAUGUAUUAGUGUUGUAACAUUGGUAAAUCCAGUUGGAAAUGUACUGCAAUGUUAAAGAAACCACCGUACGUCUCAAACUAUGGUAUAGUUGGUAAACGUAGGAAAAAUGUAUUUGGGAAAUAACAUUUUGUUUGUCCGGUGAACGUUUGUAAUGUUGAAAGUCCGGCGAACACUUCCACUUCCUAGUGUUGUAUUCUUCCAAAAUAUAAAUAAUACAAUUUUGUUAUGUUGAACGUUAAUUUAGCUGGAAAAAAUGAUGUAAUUGCAAUGUUGGUACAUAGAAUGCAGACUACAUUGCGUUUAGAACAAUGUAGCGUAUUGUAGCAAAGUUCGGGUUUUGAUAAACAUUUUGAUACAUUUGAAAAUCGCCGGGAAUUGUAGUGAACACUAGUGCUGAAUUGGGUUGAAAACGAGAAUAUUAUACAUGAACAUUAUCCAGGAGAUGCGUAAUUCUUCAAGAAAAUUAUGUUGAUAGUGUCAAUGAAGGCUGCUGAGAACUUGAAUUGUCGUGAUUGAAUCAUAAAAACUCGUCAUCCAGGAUUUUUGAUAAAUAUUAGGCUUUCAGUGACUGCUUUUUGAGAUUGUUAUGAUUAUUGCGGUGACAUUAACAAUCUUUCCGGAGACUUCGGUCGGCCUAUUGAAUUUUUUCCAAAAAUAAUCAUGUUGAUGGACUCUUGAGUAACUAAGAACCUUUAUUGAUUCUAUAAAAUCAUAACAAUUCAGCGUCUAACCUUUAGGUGAAAUGUGUGUUUUUUUUUGAAAACAUAUGUCAAUAGUCUCAGCGAAUGCUGUUGUAAAAAUCUUGUAAUAAUGUUCUUGAAGAAAUUUAUUUUUGUAAUUAUGUGUAUAAUUUUGCAUCUUGUUGACUAUUAUUAACGAGAUUUUCAUAUCAAACUGUUAUUUUUCAUGAUGAGCUUUAUUGUUGGAUUUUGUGCUGUACAUUUUGUUAUUCAAUGUACAUAUUCGAGUAUUUAUUUGGAAAUUAUUGUCUUAUACUUUGAAAUGAUUUAUUGUAUUCAAUAAUACACUGUAAAAUGGAUAUGAAAGUAGUGCCAUUUCAAGCUGAAAGCGUUGGUGGUCGGUUUUUAACUCUGUUUAGAAGAAGAGGCUCUCUAUUCUUAACAUUUUUAUGCGUGCAAUAAUUCUUCAAUUUUAUUGGCCUUAUUUAUUGAUUCCUAACUCCAGCUUAUUAAAUAAGCUUUAAAUCUUUAUUUAUUAAGUUAUUUUAUUUAUUCUAUUUAAUUUCAAAGCAUCGUUCACUUAAUCUUGGUUCACAAAAUCUUGGAAAUAAAUCACGAUAUAACUGAAUUUUCUAUUAUGAGUUUUAUGCAUUUUGAAUUACUCAUUCGUAUUUGAUUGCCUCUUCUUGUAAACAAACUGGAAUAAAAUUUGAGAGCUCCAUUUUAUUUAUUGUAUUGGCUAGUCAAAUUUAUUGAACCAAAUGUAUUGGAAUGUCUUAAAAAGUAAUUUAUCAAUUAUUUAUACGCUGGUUCAAAACUCAGUGUAUAAUAAAAGUCAUACAUUUUUUCUCGAAGUUUCUUGAAACUUCUAAAAAUGUUCAUUUCAUUAUUCAAGAAAUUGCAUCAACUUUCCACUUCAAAUGUGAAUUCAUUAUCAUUUUAAUUUAUUUCGUAAAUGAAUAUAUUUGUAAAUUGUAUAUUUGUGAAUAUAAUCGUUCAUCUGUAUUUCUUUUUUAAGAAGCAACAGGCAAAGAUAUAUUUAUUUCAUUCUGAGCAUUGAAUGACUAUUAUUAUUACGAUUAUUCAUUAAUGAGAUUUGUCUGAAAAGUGGCAUUUUAUUAGUAUAGGGUCCUAAUUAUUUCGUUGUAAUCAGUAUGUAAUCUACUCUACAAUUUUCUAAUAAGAAUAUCUUGCUUUAUUAGUAAUAUCAAUCAGUAUUCAUAAAUGGCUAUCAUCAUAGAACAUAAUAUCUGGCAUGGAACUCAUAAAAUCCGAAAUACAUAAAACAAAAAUAUAUGUUAAAGCUACAUGCAUCAAAAAUUGAAAACUUUGUGAAAAAUGUUGAAUUACCUCUUUGAAAUAUCGGGUCCUCAAUAGUAUAAAUACUGUAACUGAAUAACUUCUAAUAGGUUUAUUUUCGAAUAAAAUAAAUCAUAAAUCCGUUAUGAAAUUCAUUUGUCCAUCUAUCAGCUUCAAUGAUGAAUUCAAUUUUUUGAGAAUUUCAAAUAUUCCAAUCUUCCUGAUUACUAUUUUAAAUUCUUAAAAUGCUUUCAAAAACCUUCAAAGUGAGAUGGAGGAUGCAACAUUCCUCUAAAUAAGUGAGACUCAUUCGAAUCUGAGAAAUGAAAAUUUCUAAGAAACUUAAUCGAUUUACGAAUUGUCAUACAGUUUCCAUUGAAUUUAGUUAUUUGAGUGGGAAAUACAACUGUUGCAACAUCAUGCAAAUAGUUAUAAUUCUAUUUAUUCUAAAGUCUUGAAGUUGAACAUUAUAUUAUCUCUCUUUCAAAUUGUGGAGUACUGACAGGUUAUAACCUUUUCAAAAAUUAAAAUACUCAAAAUAUUAUUGUCCAUUCAAUUUUCAUUGAUUGCUGUCGUGUCUUUGACAUACUAUCCCAAUUUUUAAGUCAGCCAAUUUCUUGAAAACAAUAAAUUUCCAAAUUUAUAUGAAACAUAACUGAGAAUUGAUAAGAAUGAUAGUUAUGAUAAUCUAUGUGUUGUUGCUCUUCUUGAAAAAGGAAAGACUAAUAAAUAAACAAGACUGAUACAGAUUAUACUAUUUAGUUAUGUGCUAUGGAUUAAGAUUAUAUAAAGAAAAUUGUAGUGAAGGUAUUAAAAUGAAACUUCUAUCCUAGAUGCAUAUUUAUGCAUGCUUUCCAAAUUGUAAUCUAGGAUACUCAUAUCAGUUUUUCUGUUUGCUUUCUUUCUAGCAAUUUUGUUUUUAUUCGAUAUCUAAAAUUUAAAAAAAUCUGUUCUUUUGCUGAAAGGGUUGAUGAUUACAAUCGGUAGCUAAUAUUCUGUAAGGGUGGCUCAUUAUGUUGAUUUCUCCUGUUUAAUCUAUCAAGUAAAUGCCUUACAUGUUGAAGACCUCGUGAUGCAGAAAUAUACCGGAAAGCUUUAACUUUACUACAAACACUUGAAGAUUGCCUUCUUUAAUCAAAAUUAUAGAAUUUCUUAACUACUGUGCAAUAAAAUAUUCAAAAUAUAGAGGCUUUCCUGUAAAAAUAAUCUUUAACUAUGAUAGCAUUUUCAAUAAUAUUAUACCAUCGAAUUGAAAAAUCAUAAAUUAUUAUUUGAAUUCAUUAUAUUUCUCCCGAAAACAUAAUAUUACUGGUAAGCCUAUUCUAGAUUAGAAGCCUGAUUUCAAUUUAUUUUUGUCAUAAACUAUUUUAUGGUGAUCGAUAACACUAUGUUUCUCAGUCUAGCCAUAAAAAUGCGCCACCCUCAAUUUCUUAAAUGCUGUAUACUAAUUCCAUUAGUCCUUGGAUAUCUAAUUGUAUGUUGUAUAAAUCCGUCAGCAUACUCUCAUCCUAUACUAUUACUAUAUUAAUAUAUUAUUAUAAUCGUAUUGCUUCAUGUUAAAAUUGCUCAAAAAGGUGGAAGACUUCAUGUUUUUUAAGAUGGCAAAAGUUCGAAGGAUUUGUCUUAUGUUCAAAAUUUUAACCAAAUAUCUGAUGAGAUAUAUUGGUAAAAAUAGAUCACAACCACAAGAAUGUAUGUCAUAAGAAGGCUAAAAUGUAAUAUUAUGCAUUUUUAUUGAGGGGUUUGGAAACAGUGCAAUAUUCAAAACUGUUGUCUGAUAAAAAUAUGAAUUUUAUUACUAUUGUAUAAUAGCUCCCUAUUAUUCUAAAUCAAACUUAUUUCCAGACCUUUCCGAAAAAUCUCAUUUUUUUAUAACUGGGAGCUAGUUUGUCUAAACAAUGCAAAUAAUUUUCUUGUAUAACUUAUUCCAACCUUAUAAUGAUGAAAGACUGAUAGCUUUUCUGAGGCUUGUAUAUGAAAUUCCUAUUUAUUAGAACAGUUUACUAGGAUUAGCCUUCAUGGUUAGAAAAUCUAGUACUCUGACAUUUUAUUCGAGUUACCUACAAGUAUUGAUUUUGUUAUUGACAUAAUUUCAUUAGAAACAACUUCACUUUAGUUUUGGUAAAUCUAUUGUUUAUAAAAAAUCAUAUACGGUUUAUGUAUGUUAUUCAAAAGCUGUAUUUGGGCCUAUUUGAAAAAGUGUGAAAUAUAUCACCUUCGACCAAUCAUAUUUGAUUUUUUUCAGUCAUUGUUGAUCGAAUAUCCUACUUUAAAAAUGUUAUUCUUGUUUUGAUAAUUCCUCGAACUUUCAGAAAAAGCUUUCCUUGUAGAAUUAAUAUUAUAAUAGCUAAUACCAGUAUUAGUUAUUAUUUAUGUAGUUGAACACAUAUUUAUUUCUUAAUUUAAAAUAUAAUAAGCUUUUGAUUCAAGCCGGUGUAUUUGAUGGAUUCAAUAAAUCUUAUUUAUUAAAAUAUAAUUAUUAUUGUCUUAAUACUGAAAGCGCAAAAUUCAAAUGCUAAGACCGCUGUAACUAGCCAUGCAAACUGUAAUAAAAUACAUACAAAUACAGUAAA